CGGCCACCAAGAGGGUGCUGUACGUGGGGGGGCUGGCUGAGGAGGUGGACGAGAAGGUGCUUCACGCCGCCUUCAUCCCCUUCGGAGACAUCACCGACAUCCAGAUCCCGCUGGACUACGAGACGGGCCCGUGACCACUAGCUUCUUUUUCUCCAGAAAAGCACCGGGGAUUCGCCUUCGUUGAAUUUGAGUUGGCGGAGGAUGCGGCGGCGGCCAUUGACAACAUGAACGAGUCUGAGCUCUUCGGCAGGACAAUCCGUGUGAACUUGGCCAAACCAAUGCGAAUUAAAGAAGGCUCCUCCAGGCCUGUCUGGUCAGAUGAUGACUGGCUGAAGAAGUUUUCGGGGAAGACCCUGGAGGAGAAUACAGAGGAGGCAGGAGCAGAAGCCCCCAAACCAGAGGCACAGGAGGGUGAGCCUCCUGCCAAGAAAGCCCGGGCCAACCCUCAGGUUUACAUGGACAUCAAGAUUGGGAACAAGCCUGCAGGGCGGCUGCAGAUCCUCCUGCGCUCAGAUGUGGUGCCCAUGACCGUAGAGAAUUUCCGCUGCCUCUGCACUCAUGAGAAGGGCUUUGGCUUCAAAGGGAGCAGCUUCCAUCGCAUCAUCCCCCAGUUCAUGUGCCAGGCUGGCGACUUCACCAACCACAAUGGCACCGGCGGCAAAUCCAUCUAUGGGAAGAAGUUUGAUGAUGAAAACUUCAUUCUCAAGCACACAGGGCCAGGGCUGUUAUCGAUGGCGAACUCCGGCCCAAACACCAACGGCUCCCAGUUCUUUAUCACUUGCGACAAAACAGACUGGUUGGAUGGGAAGCAUGUGGUGUUUGGCGAGGUGACAGAGGGCAUGGACGUGGUGCGGCAGAUCGAGGCUCAAGGCACCAAAGAUGGGAAACCGAAGCAGAAGGUGAUCAUCUCGGACUGCGGGGAGUGCCUGUGAGCUUGGCUCUUGGAGGGGACUGGAUGGGGGGAGCCUGGACAGCAGGGGACAGGGCAUCGGAUGGAGGGGACACACAGCCCCACGACCCCCUAACAGUGCCCCGCUCCCCCAGCUUGUGUGGAAAUUUCCCUGCAAAGCUUGGUGU